CAAAAUUAUUUGCAAAACAAACAGAUCGUAAACUUAGUAUGUGUGAGAUUACAGGCUACAAAUAAGGGCGAUGUCUUCCAGUAAAAAGUCGGGAGAGUUAAGAAAUAAUUAUUAUCCGUGCGAGGUUAGAGUUUUACCCUCUGAAGACGAGGAAAUCUCCACACAACACAAAUCGACAUGGACACAUCUUUGGAGAGAUUUCGUCUCCUCCACUACCCUCCAUGGGAUCCGAUUCAUAUUCUACCAUGAAACGUAUAUAUUACGAAGGUUGCUGUGGACGUUGCUGAUGUUGUUUUGUAUAACGUUGAUGUCGUACCAGAUCAUAGACAGAAUCCUGUAUCUACACAGUAACCCGGUCAACGUCAACGUCAAAAUCAACUACAACCAGUCGCUGACGUUCCCGGCGGUUACUAUAUGUAACCAAAACGCAUUCAAAGCAACAACUGCAGCCAAAAGGAAGUGGUAUCGUCUUAUAGAAACUAUGUACAAUGGAAGUUCUAAAUUCUUCUCACAGAAAGAUUUAGAUAGGUUCCAUGCCUCCAAUCUAACAUUCAACCAGUUUUUCCAACAGGCUUCACACAGAAAGGAGGAUCUUAUUGUAAGUUGCCAGUGGGCGGAUUUACCAUGUGGACCCCAAAACUUUACAGAACAAUUGACAGACUAUGGCAACUGUUACAGAUUCGUGGCUCCUGAGAAUGCCAGAUCUACAGGUGCAGACAAUGGUUUGAAGUUGCUGUUAAACGUAGAACAGUAUGAGUACAUGCCAGGACCUAAUGACGCCGCGGGUGUUAAAGUACUCACUCACGUACAAAACGACCAUCCAAGAGUUCGUGAGUUGGGGAUCGCUGUGCCUACGGGAACACAGGCAUUCAUAGGACUCCAAGUCAUACUAGUUCAAAAUCUAGAAAUACCCCACGGUCAAUGUCAGUACAAGUCUCUAAAGUUCUUUCCCAAUUACUCGUAUGAUUCUUGUUUAGUGGAAUGCUAUACGGAGGUGUCUUCUAGACAUUGUGGAUGCCGGGAUUACUACAUGCCCAGCAUAAAUGGUUUUCCUCCUCCUUGUAACCUUGAGCAGUACUUCACUUGUCUUAAACCUCUCUACGAUGAUUUUUCGCUCUGGUUGGAGAGCUGCAAUUGUCCGACUGACUGCGAUUAUACCGUGUAUGACCCCGUCAUGUCAUAUGCAACAACGUCAGAAUACGCAGGCCAAAGAUUCAUGGACAAAAUAAACGUAACCACUCUCAACUCAAAGCUCAAACGAGCGCGGGAAAUUACACAUCGCAUGGACGCUCGAAAACUUGAGACAUUCAAAGAAAAAGUGAAACAAAUGGAACAAACAUUUAUAGAUGUAAAACAACUGAUCGAAGAAACUAUUCAGAAGCGAAUUUUGAAUCAAAUUAGAAAUGUAACAGAACAUUACACUAGUGCAAUCAGAGUCACAAACAGAAGGAUACUACUGCUAAGAUUUCAAAUCUACAAUGUGCAGAAAAACUUUAUGAGAGGGAGGGACGCAAUGGAGGAACGAACACUCUCACACUUGUGUAACAGUUUCCAUGAAUUUGUGUUUGCUUAUGAGACGAACCUGCGAAAUCUGAUCACGGAAAAUGAUAUGGCAAUAAGGAGAACAUUUUAUGUGAGUACAAUUAAUAUGGUAGACAUCCGAACAGAAAACGCCAAGAGAGCACUAGCUAACUUCACGGUUCUCUAUGACGCUUACGUGACAGGAACUCCUAUAUUUAGAUAUAAAUUCCAGAAAUUUGCAAGACGUUAUAAUAAUUAUGUUGUACCCAGACCACUAUUGAACGAGUCCACCUACCACAAUGCAUAUGCGAGAGGAUACAGUGGGAAGCUGGGGGACGAUAUCUUGAGUAUAAUGGAAGCGCUGUCAAACUACAGGAACUUAACUUGGGAAGUGUUUACCGACGCGACUCUUAAUAUCACAAAAAUGAACCUAGUCAGUGGGAAUUUUAUAGAUGCCUGUGAGAGAUUUUACCAUACAAAAAGUACUCUGUAUUACGAGACGGUGGAUAGACCGGAGCGAAUUCUCAAAAAAAGACUAGAACAUACAGAGAAACAGAAAGCUGACUUGAUUAGAAUUAAGUCCAGUAUGUUGAACACUCUCCACGAUCUCCAAAAUACCUCUACGGCUGUGAGGGGUGACGUUUUGGUCAGAAUGGAAUCCAUUUUACAGGCGACAUUGGCAUAUUUUAGAUACAGUAAUCGCUCAAAAAUAUCUGUUAGUAAUUUAUUUCACUCCAGUGAAUUCAUGUCUGACGUUAGCCAACUGAGACAGUUUCUGCAAGAGAUCGCAACUCGCGGUGCCCUUUUGUUCGAUAGGUGGCCGUCAUUAGCAACCAAAGUAAUACACAUUUGGCGGGACAUAAUCAAUGAUCGCGAUUUGAAGGAAUAUUACGAAUUCAAAAACUACACAAACUUCCUAAGGGAUGUAGAAGACGUAAGGAAUAAAAUAGAGAGGAGCUUCAGACACGUACGUGCCGAGGACGAUCUGCGGUUCGUUGUCGGGAAUAAAGACGUUUUAUUAUUUGAAGCAGUGGAAAACUUGCGAACAGAACUGCUGAAAUUUCAAAGAAGCACCAUAUUUGAUGAGAACGUCUUAAAGGACAACUUUUUGGAGCUAAAUAUUUUUUACAGACAGCUAAGUUAUGAAGAGAUAACACAACAAGAGGCCUAUGAUAUUUUUGCCUUGCUUUGUGACAUUGGAGGAUCCUUAGGCCUGUUUAUCGGGGCUAGUGUCAUGACUUUAUUUGAGUUGUUUGAUCUCUUUGGAACGUACAUAGCAGAUAGCAAAAUGAGGAGCAAAAAGCCAUAAAAUAAACCAGUGAUUUUC